AUGAAGGUACUCAUCACACAGAAAGACACCUUGGCCAGCACAGAUCGCAACCUGCUCAGAGCAGAAAAGGUGUUGAGCAGCUACAUCAACUUCAACAAUACACUAUACGCAACGAUAGACAACCAUCCGGCCACGGAUACCGAACAGGGAUGCCAGAGUCAGGGAGCGAUG